CAACCGCUGCCUUUGGGUUCCUUGCUCCCAAAGGAUGGCAUUUACCGGGACCCUUAUUGACUCCCCAAACCGACAGGAACCUCAUCACUCGAUCGCUCUCGAUCAGUAUACAACCUAGCAACAAGCAAAGGUGUGUGUGCGCGCGCGCGAGACGACAGAGAGAAGAGCUAGCGAUGGUGACGACGACGGACUGGGGGCCGAUCAUCGUGGCGGUGGUGCUGUUCAUCCUGCUGUCGCCGGGGUUCCUGUUCCAGCUGCCGGCGAGGGUGAGGGUGGUGGAGUUCGGCAACAUGGGCACCAGCGCCCUCGCCAUCCUCGUCCACGCCAUCCUCUACUUCUGUAUACUCACCAUCGUCGUCGUAGCCAUCGGCGUCCAUGUAUACACCACCAAACCGGAUCCGGCGUAGAGAGUAAAUCGAAUUAAAUGAAUUUUGCGUACGUGUGUUUAUCAGUUCUGCUCUUCUUCUUCUUGUUUAGUUCUUCAUUCAGUCAAUAUCUAUCUGCUGUAUAUGUCAUACAUACAUGUAUACAUUUAUAUAUAUGUACUCUAGCUUUCAUGCUGUAGUAGAUAACAAUAAUGAACAGAAAAAAAGUAUAUAUAGAGAGAUC